UGCCCUAAUUUUCUGGGCGAUGGCGUCGUGAUCCACCGGCAAGGGGCAAAGAUGUUCUCGGCGCACAAGAUGUUUCGGCUGGCUCGAUUUGGAUCCGCCCAUCUCCUAAUGCGUGGCCGCAGCUUGUUCUUGGGCUUGGACAGGCACAGCCUCUUGUCGUGGAUUCACUCCUUCGUCAGGGUAUGUUGCCUGGGCAUUGUUUGUAUGAAUCCAGCGUCUGCCUCGCUGCUGAGCCAGUGAAGAACACGCAAGAACAAGAUCAUUUGUAAAUAGGCUGGAAGAAGAGGGAUAGCAUGGCAAAAUGGGGGCACAAAUGGAUGCCGUCACAAAGAUUUUGCGUUGCCGAUCGUCCCGCAUUGUAAUUUGAUCCUCAAUCACACCAUAAGUUUCUUCUUUCAUUUCUCUCUCGUUUCAAGAAAAAUCGAAUAGAAAGAUUCGCGCUAAGAUUCUCGUUUUGACUGGCUGGUCAAUCUGGUCGGUUUCCUUGUACGGAGAAUAUUUCCCAAGUGGGAAAGGAAAGUUUUAUUACUCAACUAGAACACGACAUUCUUUCACCCCUGUUUUUAGGGUUUUAGAAUGCGCGCUCUUGUAUUGCCGCCUUCUCAGGGGCCAUCGCCAUUCUUUCCCUCGACACGGCGCGCCGAUCGCAUUGGCGAUGGAAGGCUGUCAUGCGCCAGAAUCGGAUUCUCGGAGUACGCCGACAAGGAGGAAUGCAAGCUGCCUGGCGAGCUCGUGGCGCAGCUCAAAGCGGAGCGAGCGGAAACUCUCAAUGGUGCUUCGCUUCCAAGGAACUUUAAAGCGACAGAAGGCGUUUUUCAGCAAGGACGUCCACAGGAACCGGAUAACAAAUUAUCACGGUCGCUUAGAACUUUGAUACUAGACAACUACGAUAGCUACACUUACAAUCUCUUUCAGUUGCUUUCGAUAGUGAACGGAGUGGCUCCCGUCGUGCUGAAAAACGAUGAGUUAACAUUCCGUGAGCUCCAGCGCCUCCUAUACGAGUUUGACAACGUUGUCAUAUCACCUGGUCCUGGAUCGCCGGAUCGUUCUUCUGAUAUAGGUGUUUGUGUGCGGCUUUUGCAAGAAUGUCAUGACAUUCCCAUUUUGGGAGUUUGCAUGGGACAUCAGGCUUUGGGAUAUGCACACGGAAUGAGAAUUAUACACGCACCAGAGCCAGUUCAUGGGCGUUUGAGUGCUAUUCAACAUACACACCAUCCACUUUUCAGAAACAUUCCUUCCGGUUCCGGUUUUAAGGUCGUAAGGUACCAUUCGUUGAUAUUAGAGAGUGCUUCUCUUCCUUCGAGUUUGAUCCCAACUGCGUGGACAUUGUCUGAGAAGCCUGUUCCGUGUGGCCGAACAGUAGAGGAACGUAGGAGCUUGUUGGAAACAGAUGAAACUUUUGAGGCUACUUAUCACUCAAAUAGUUUGCUGAUGGGCGUUUCACAUAAAAAAUGGCCGCAUCAUGGAGUCCAGUUCCAUCCAGAGAGUAUUGCUACUGUACAUGGAAGGCAACUCUUGGAGAACUUCGCUGAAAUCACACGCUGCUUUUUGAGAGCAAAUUCACGGGUUCGAGCAACCACCGGUGCCUUGGGAAGGAUCGCGGAGACGUUCAAGCCAGUUGCGCGUGUCCCUUUAAGGCUUUGUUUUAAAAAACUUCGAAGCCUUGAAACUGCUGUUGGCGGAUCCGAGAAUAUCUUUCGUGUAGUUUAUGGCCGGAACUCAGUUGAGAACACUUUCUGGCUGGACAGCGCCACUGCGGACAAGAAUAGAUGCAGAUUUUCUUACAUGGGCGGGAAGGGUGGUUGUUUGUGGCAAAAGAUCACAUAUUGCCUGUCAAACGACUCAAGCCGAGGUGUUCUACGAGUUGAAGAUGUAAAUGGUGAUGUGUUUCAGAAAGCGCUGUGCGACGGCUUCUUUGAGUUUAUGAACAAGGAAACACAACGCUACAGCUGCAGAAAAGAGGAUUACCAGCAGCUGCCUUUUGAAUUUGUUGGUGGUUUCGUUGGCUAUCUUGGAUACGAGUUGAAAUGUGAAUGUGGUCCGUUAUCCAAUCGUCACAAAUCCUCUGUUCCGGAUGCUGCAUUUUUUAAGGCCGAUCGUUUCAUUUCUAUAGACCACUUGACUGGCGAUGUUUAUACAGUUGCUGUACAUGAAGAAACCAGAGAAUCCACUGAAGCUGCGGUAUCUUGGGUCGAACAAACAGCCGAGAAAAUUGCUGGUCUAAGUUCCAUAAGAGAUAACUCGAAGUGUGAGAAAAAAUAUCCGGAGCACUCGAACAACCUAACAAUCACAGAAAACUUCACUCUGUCGAGAACCAAAGACGAGUACAUGGACGACGUUGAAAGGUGUCUCAAGUACAUUGCCGAUGGGGAAAGCUACGAGGUUUGCUUGACGGCGCAAAUGAAGAGAAGAGCACUCUUCCGAGAUCCACUCGAGCUGUACUCCGUGUUACGCAGAACAAAUCCGGCACCUUAUGCUUCGUGGCUACACUUUGGCAACGAAGGCCCGUGUGUUUGCUCGUCAUCGCCGGAGAGGUUCCUCCAACUCGACAGGACUGGGACUCUAGAAGCAAAGCCGAUCAAAGGAACAGUUCCUCGCGGGAAGUCAUCUCUGGAAGACGAGAUGCUACGAUCGCAACUCCGAGAAAGCGAGAAGGACCAGGCCGAGAAUCUCAUGAUCGUGGACCUCCUACGCAAUGAUCUCGGUCGCGUUUGCACCGCGGGCUCGGUCCACGUCCCACAUCUGAUGGCGGUGGAAACAUACUCCACGGUUCACACCCUCGUGAGCACCGUGCGAGGCAAGAAGAGGGCCGACGUGACACCGAUCGACUGCGUAAAGGCUGCGUUUCCAGGCGGCUCCAUGACGGGAGCCCCGAAACUGAGAACGAUGGAGAUCCUGGACGCCGUGGAGACUUGCCCGAGGGGAGUUUACUCGGGCGCCAUUGGGUUCUUCUCGUUCAGCUCCUCGUUUGAUCUCAGCAUUGUCAUCCGGACGCUGGUGAUCCAGGGGGGAGAGAUCUCUCUGGGCGCUGGAGGAGCCAUCGUCGCGCUCUCGGAUCCGGAGAGCGAGUACGAGGAGAUGCUGCUCAAGGCGAGAGCGCCCACCAGAGCAGCGGAGAUCGCGAGCGAGGGAAUGGGAGAAAAUUGAAUUUGAAUUUAUUCCUGGAUAUAGGGUGAAUCUAAUCUGAUUCUCCUUCUUCUAGGGCUUUAGGCU